GGUCCAGGACGCCAGGAAGAGAAACAGCGUGCGCGUCCCGAUGAAUGAAGUCGAACCGCAAACUUCAUUCAUGCAUCUUUCCCAUAACAUUUAACAUUGUUUGCCAGGCACUGCGCGUUAAAUUCCCCUAACAGGUGGGCUUUUGCUGGAACUUUGACCCUAAGGACGGUUACACGAAGGUUUGUGCACAUGCACACCUAAGUUCAGCUGCAGCCACGUGCAUGUGUGUGAAGAGCCGGUGUGAGCCAUGUCUGUGUCGGUGAUCAUAAAGUGGGGAGGACAGGAGUACUCCAUCAGUUCUUUGUCUGAGGAGGACACGGUGUUGGACCUUAAGCAGUCCAUUAAGUCGUUGACUGGGGUGCUACCAGAGAGACAGAAACUUCUAGGACUCAAAAUCAAAGGUAAACCUGCGGAGGAUGAGGUGAAGCUGGGCUCCCUGAAGCUGAAGCCCAACACCAAAAUCAUGAUGAUGGGUACCAGAGAGGAGAGCCUGGAGGAUGUUUUAGCCCCUCCUCCAGAAAAUGAUGACAUUGUCAAUGAUUUUGAUAUCGAGGAAGAGGUAAUUGACGUGGAGAAAAGGGAGGAGAACCUUGCUAAAAUAGCUCGCAGAGUGAAAGACUAUAAGGUGGAGGAAAUGAAUCCUCCCAGAGAAGGCAAGAGACUCCUGGUGCUAGAUGUUGACUACACAUUGUUUGAUCACAAGUCCUGUGCAGAAACCGGCCAGGAGCUGAUGAGACCAUACCUUCACGAGUUUCUGACAUCAGCCUAUGAGGACUACGAUAUCGUCAUCUGGUCUGCCACAAGUAUGAAGUGGAUAGAUGCCAAAAUGAAAGAGCUGGGAGUGACAGACAACCCUAACUAUAAGAUUACGUUCAUGCUGGACAGUGCAGCCAUGAUCACAGUGCACACUCCUAAACGAGGGGUGGUGGAGGUAAAGCCCUUAGGUGUGAUAUGGGGGAAGUAUGGGGAACUUUACAACAGGAAGAACACUAUAAUGUUUGACGAUAUUGGACGGAACUUCCUCAUGAAUCCACAGAACGGACUAAAGAUCCGACCCUUCAUGAAGGCCCAUUUCAACAGGGAGAAGGACAGGGAGCUCUAUAAACUGGCUCAGUACCUCAAAGAAAUUGCCAAACUUGAUGACUUCAGUGGACUCAACCAUAAACACUGGGAGAGGUAUCUGUCUAAGAGGCAGCAGCAUCACUGAGGAGCGACCGCAUCAUCCACAGCGUCUGGCCGGAACUGCCAUCCCAUCUCCAGCUGUGACACACAGAAGGCACACAGACACACAGACACACUUGGAUGUCACAAGUGUGUCUCUCCAAACCGCAGCUUUAUACUUACACUAACCCUACAGUUAUCAGCCGACAGAAGCUCGGGACUGGUGUGGGCUUCCCCGUUGAUAUACAUUUGCAUGAUCACUCCCCAGUUUAAAAACAGCUACAACCUGUAUGCAAGUUUUCUUUGCAUCAACAUUUCAACACAGUUACUACCGGCCGUGCAAGGUACAUACAAAAUAUAACCGAUUGGAAUGGCAGACAAAUCUCUCUCUGCAACCAGCUCAUCGUGGUCCGGGGCAGAUGAUGAAGUCCACAGUUGCCUAAAAAUGUUUUUAGACCCUUUACACAUUUCUGGUCUUCCAGAUGGGGGAUGGCUCUGAAACUUAACAAGAGAGCGUUCUGUCCCUGCAACACAAACAUGUUCAGGUGAGGCUGGUGAGCCUCUCUGCAGCACAAGAAAGACAGAUUAAAUAUGUAAGGAGUUUUGUCCAUUUUGUUCAACUUGUUAUUAAAAAAGGAGUGAAAUAAAAACACGUUACGAGAGCAACAGUCAAAAUAACAGAUGGCUCGGCCUCCUUCAGCGAUGAAUACGUUUCAACACAGAAAAUUUGACAUUUGAUAAUAUGCAAUAAUUCUUUGAGCUACUGUGAGAAUAAAUGUGCAGAUCUUGACACUGGCUGUACCUUAAAAACUUCCUUUCAAAACAAAAUGUGCAUUUUGUUUUAUUAUAUUAUUUUUUAAUUGUAAGCAAUUGUAUAAAUGUGUUUGUGGAGACCAUACAGAUGAGCACAGAUGAUGGCUUCCGUGGCUGGAUGGGUGUUUGUGUAUAUUUAGCCAGAAAUCUUCUGUGAUUAUAAUUUUGCAUCGCUGGAUGCCGCCAGUCAGACAAAGGUUUUUUUUCAUGUGUUUGUUUUUUGUUUAAAUCCAUUUUUUGUGGAUUUAAGAUAAUCUUGGAAAUAGAGUAUCGUUUGGAUGCUUUGUUUUCUAUUUUAGUUCUUCAAAUAUGUAAUAAUUAAUCUGAAGUUGUGGAUGAAGGGAUGAAGAAGCAGAUGCUUCUGGGGCAGAUUUGUCUCAAAAAUGCUCCUGCAUGGUCAUUUCUUGAGAUGACAUCUGGAUCUGCCUCUUUGAGAUUCCUCAUCUCCUCCCUCACAUCCUAGCUGUAAAUAGGAUAAUAAACUUUUUG